CUGUAAUAACAACAAAAUACCUGUGUGGUUUUAUUUUUAGUCUAUGAGGAAAAACAUAUAGAAGACAAUACCAGAUUCUUGGGUUUGUUCUCCUAUUUUAAGCUCCUUGGCUGUAUAUUUACUGCAGGUUUUCUAGAAGAAUUUUUAGUAUUCAAGGUCCAGAUUUCUAUCCUAAGUGUACCUGUGCUCCGCUGGUACCUGCUUGUGCUUCAGCUCUUCGUAUGUAGCAACGUGGAGUUAGUUGAUCUGAAAUACGACUGAAGUUUGGCUGUAAGCCCAGUGAGUCCGACUCUAAGAACUCUCAUGUUCACCAAGGCUGCCACUUGGUAGUUUCCAGGAUGGUUUAUGUUCUGUUUUAACCUUACAGUAAUUGUGUCGCUGUGUCUUAUCCGUGGCCUCCGCCUCCUGCGUGCUGCAUUUAUCUACCCCAGCAGUAUAAUCCUCCUCUUUUCAGCCAGGCGCUUGGCAAUUAAGACACGAUCUGUCCUACUUAAGGUAUAAAUAAACCUUUAAUAUUACUUGAGGAUUACAUUAGGACAAGAGGGGCUCUUUUGAAGGCACGGCUUUCGCACAGCGGGAUUUGCAGAGCAGGCAUUGGCCCUUGUGCUCCUGCAAGAUGUUCAAAUAAGGGAAAAGUAAUGGUUUCCAAACCGUGCAUACAGAGAGCAGUGGCAGCGUCUGACUACUGAAAUACUAAAUUGGCCUCUGUCCCUUGUAAAACAUAUGCAGGGGAAGGAUAAUCUCCCUCUACCUUUAGAUCAAGCAAGUAGUGUCCAUGCAGGCAAUUAUUAUCAGUAAGUUUACUGGCUUAAAGAAAAGAGGUGAGGGGGGAGUUGAAAUUCUCGCUUGGAACCAGACUUUCAAUAGUGUUUUGUGUAAUGGUGAUGUAGUACUGUGGUGAACUGGGGUUAGGUCCCUGAUCCUCUGUAGAUUUCAUGCAUGAGUCGGGAUAAACCCUUCAUGGAAUUUAAACCCUCUGCCUGUCUCUGAUUCCAGCAGUGUUGGUGGGUGUGAAACUUAACUGCGUUCUACUCCCAGAAAUGAAAUGAUAGCACUGUGUGAUUAUGUGACUUUCUCUGAGGGACAGAUGAGAAUGUACUAAAAGAAAUGUUGGGACACGAAGGCUAUGAUUUGGCUGGAGUGUUGUUCAGUCAAGUUGUUGGGCUUUGUGUCCUGUCCCCUCUCCCUGCCUGCUGCCCUCCUCCUCUGGCUGAAGCAUUGGUGUGGUCUUCUGGGGAUAGAACUUUCUGAAGAAUAAAAUAUUUUUUUUUUUUAGCCAAAUCUGUUUCCCAAUCUGGCUCACUGCCCAUCUGCCUAAGUACUUCACCUGGCAUGAGGCAAGGAGCAAUGCAAGGCCAGAGCAAGUUGUCAGGAGGUGAUUAAAUUAGCACUAAAUGCUGGUGAAUUAGACACAGAACUGUAACUUUGGUCACAGUCAUGUAGCAUUGCCUAUUGAGCAGCUAUUUGUCAUACUGAGUUACAUGUCUGUGUCCCAGUGAUGUGCCAGAGAUGCUUUUUGGGACUUGCAGAAGUGCUGAUUUGUGUCUAAAGUAUGUAAAUGCUCUGACACCCACCUUCUGUCAUUGUAUGCCCAUGCUGCAAAAUGGUAAAAUGUCAGGAUCCUCCUUUGGGCUGUAUUCCUCAGAAGAGAUGUUCACCAUGGUUUGUGGCAAGUUUUGCUUGGUGCAGUCGUGAUGUGGUACCAAGCAAACCGAGAGCAGGACAGGGUGCUGUGUGUCCUCAGACAUUCCUGGCCCUGUCACCAAGCCCUCUCUGCACCUGACCAUCCUGUGCCUCAUUGGCUUGGCUGACCAAUCCAUCUGUGGCAGGCAGCUGCAUUUUGGUCAUCCUUUUUUCUUGCCUCUGACAUGCUUUAUGUGCUUGAAGGAGUUUUUAGGUAGUACAGGAAGCCAUGGGCAUGUUUAAACUUCUGAAUUUGAGGGUAAAAAAGCAAGGUGGGGAGUACUACAUCUUGAGAUGUAUGUGAUGCAAGCUAAACACAAUUCUGUAUUUACAUGCUUCCUAUUUUAAUGGAAAGUGAAAUCAUUAAAAUGAAACAAUUGAAAUGAGGUGGGGAGUGAUUGACACUGUACUAAAUAUAAGUUUAUGCCCUGAGCGUACCGUGUCUGCCUGGAAACUUUUACAGCUUACUGGUAUGAUGAUGCUAAGACCGUAGAGUCAUUAGAUGGGAGUGAGACUGUUUCAAAUAAUGUGCCACUUCUGAAUUUCCUGGCAAUACUGAACUAGAGGCACUGAAACUACUGCCAUUAUCUCAGAUGCUCUGGCACCCGCCUGACGCUGCACAGGCUGAGGUUGCUGCCAGGCACUGCUGUGAGGAAGGGAAAGAAAAGGUUUAAAUAUGUCAGCAUAAAAUACCUCUUCUUAGCUCAGCUACUGAAGAGAUAAUGCAUUUGAGUCAUUCAGAUAUUGCGUGCUCGACUUUUUACAGUCCUUAGUUUAUAAACUUAUUUUAUGGUCUGAGGCAAACACAAUAAACAUUUUGUCUUAGUCAAACCCAACCUUUUCGUCCGCUGCAGUUGCCCAUGAGAGUUUCCCUGGGACCCUGACCCUGUGAUCGUUGAGCAGGUGUUUACUUUUACAGGUGAUAAGGCAGCUCCUUGGCAAAUACCUAUUGCUUUGUGUGUCCUUUGGUGUGCCUGGCAGGGGGGCAUCGACUGGAGGCGUUGUCUUGACAAAAGCAGGCUCGCUGGCUUCAGGGCAGCUGGGGCUGGGGCCAUGCAGAUGUGUAUACAUGUUCAUGUUGUGCAGACUUUGGGCAAUGCUUUUUCCUGCCUAGAGUUGUAAAAAGCGGGAAAGAGGGAGAAGGGAAAGGUUCCUUUAAACUUUUUUUUUUUUUUUUUUUUUAAGGGUGGAGGGAUGGAUUUUAAUAGUGGGCUGUGCGUUUUUCUCUCAAGUUUUGCUUGUGCCUGUACAGAGCUAUCCUGUCUUGACCCGGGGCUAGCUCUGGGUGUAGCAAUCCCUCUCAUGUCUCAUACUGUGAAUCCCAGGAUCGGUGUGUUAGACAAGGUUUCUUGCUCUGGCCGAGUCUCCAGGACAAGACCCGUGAAAUAAAAUGGUCGAGGAGGAAGCUAAGAGCUUACCUAUGGAGCUGAGUGAGAAGGGAGGUGUGGAAAACAAUGGAUUUGUUCAAAAUGAGGCUUUUGAUGACAAGGAAACAGAUACCAGUAGCCGAGAAGAAAUGCCAAAACCGUGCACUGUUGAUGUGGACCCAGUGGCUGAGGAGGAGACAGUGCUGAAGCCUUAUGCCGGGAUGCCUAAGGAGGUCUUGCUGAAGUUCUCCAGCCAAGCCCGGUACAGAGUCACCAGGGAGAUUCUCUUCUGGCUCAUAAUUGCUGCUGCUGCUGCACUGGUGUGUGCUACGAUUGCAAUUAUUGCUCUCUCUCCAAAGUGCCUUGACUGGUGGCAAGCUGGUCCUAUUUAUCAGAUCUAUCCUCGUUCCUUCAAGGACAGCAACAUGGAUGGGAAUGGGGAUCUGAAAGGUAUCCAGGAAAAACUGGACCAUGUUACAUAUUUGAAUAUAAAAACCAUCUGGAUCACCUCUUUCUUUAAGUCCCCUUUAAAAGACCUCGGAUAUGGAGCUGAAGACUUCUAUGCUGUUGAUCCCAUUUUUGGAUCAAUGAGUGAUUUUGAGAAUCUGAUUUCAGCCAUACAUGACAGAGGGCUGAAGGUGAUAAUGGAUUUAAUACCAAACCACACAAGUGACAAACACCGAUGGUUUCAGCUGAGUCGCAAUCGGACUGGGAAGUACACAGAUUACUACAUCUGGCAGGACUGCAUGGAGGAUGCUGGUGCAGUCGUUCCUCCAAACAACUGGGUGAGUGUCUUCGGGAAUUCCAGCUGGCAGUUUGAUGAUGUGAGAAAGCAAUGUUAUUUUCAUCAGUUUGGGAAAGAACAACCAGACUUAAAUUUUCGCAGCCUUGAUGUCCAACAAGAAAUCCAUGAUAUUAUAAAAUUUUGGCUCAACAAAGGGAUUGAUGGAUUUAGUUUCAGCACUCUUAAAUUUCUCUUAGAAGCAACGCACCUCCGAGAUGAGCCUCAAGUGAACAAGUCUCAGAAUGGAGAGACUAUCACAGCCUAUUCUCAGCUCUACCAUGACUACACGACCACACAGGUUGGUAUGCACGACAUCGUCCGUAGCUUCCGUCAGACCAUGAAUCAGUUCAGCAGAGAGCCUGGUCGAUACAGAUUUAUGGGUUCUGGUGAUGAUGAAAAGGAAGACAUUGAAGCAACAAUGAUGUAUUAUGGAACAGCUUUCAUCCAAGAAGCAGAUUUUCCCUUGAAUUUCAACCUAAUGAACAUGAAAAAUCUGUCAGGCAACAGUAUUUUUGAAGCUGUUGACUUGUGGAUGAAAAACAUGCCUGUGGGAAAAUGGCCAAACUGGGCUGCUGGAAGCCCUAAUGCUGCUCGGAUUUCAUCUCGGAUUGGGAAGGAGUAUGUCAAUGUUAUGAAUAUUCUGCUUUUAACCCUGCCUGGUACUCCUGUAACUUACUAUGGUGAAGAAAUAGGCAUGGAGAAUAUUGCAUCGGAAAAUGUGACCUUUCCAGAGAAAUCCCCCAUGCAGUGGGACGGGAAAGCUAAUGCUGGUUUUACUGAAGGCAACAGCAGCUGGUUACCUGUUAACUCCAACUACGAAAGUGUAAAUGUGGAAAUCCAGAGGAGCUGGUCCAACUCAACCCUGAAUUUGUACAGAGAACUGACGCAACUUCGUAACAACGAGCUCCCCAUGAAUCGGGGGUGGAUGUGCUACAUCUGGAGUGACAGUAACGUGUUUGUCUACGUGAGGGAACUGGAUGGGUUAGACAGAACCUUCAUGAUGGUCCUCAACUUCGGGCAGGAAUCGACAAUAGACCUGAAAGCCAUAGUUCCUAAUCUUCCCUCUGAAGCUGUUAUAAGGCUAAGUACUAAUUUUAGCAAUGCUGGUAAAACUGUCUCUACCAAACUAAUUAAAACUGAAAUGGGAGAAGGUCUGGUCCUCGAAUAUAAAACAGCAAAGCCUGUCCAUACUAUGAAAGCUUUUCAAGGAAAGUGUUUUGUGGCAGAAAAAGCUUGUUAUUCCAUGGCCUUAAAUUUACUCUACAUGAACUGUUAA